CAUGAAUCCGUUAUUCGGUCCUAAUCUCUUUCUCCUACAGCAGGAGCAGCAGGGCUUGCCCGGGCCGCUGGGGGAACCCCUGGGAGGUGACCACUUUGCCGGGGGAGGGGACCUGCCCCCGCCUCCGCUUGCCUCGGCGGGUCCCGCUGCCUAUUCGCCUCCCGGGCCUGGUCCGGCGCCCCCUGCAGCCAUGGCUCUCCGCAACGACCUGGGCUCCAACAUCAAUGUACUCAAGACCCUGAACCUCCGAUUUCGCUGCUUCCUAGCCAAGGUACACGAGCUAGAGCGCCGGAACCGGCUGCUGGAGAAGCAGCUGCAGCAGGCUCUGGAGGAGGGUAAGCAGGGCAGGCGGGGCCUGGCCCGCCGCGACCAGGCGGUACAGACCGGCUUCAUCAGCCCGAUCCGGCCCCUGGGGCUGCCCCUGAGCUCCCGGCCGGCUGCUGUGUGCCCCCCGUCAGCGCGGUUGCUGGGCUCCCCCGCCCGCUCGCCAGCCGGACCCCUCGCAUCCUCUGCGGCCUGCCACACAUCAUCCUCCACCUCCACCUCUACCUCCACCUCCUUCUCCUCGUCGACCCGUUUCAUGCCCGGCACUAUCUGGUCCUUCUCACACGCCCGCCGGCUUGGACCGGGACUGGAACCCACGCUGGUACAAGGGCCUGGCCUGUCGUGGGUACACCCCGACGGGGUGGGCGUUCAGAUCGACACCAUCACCCCUGAGAUACGUGCACUGUACAACGUGCUGGCCAAAGUGAAGCGGGAGCGGGACGAAUACAAGCGGAGGUGGGAAGAGGAGUACACAGUGCGGAUCCAGCUGCAGGAGCGAGUAAACGAGCUCCAGGAGGAGGCCCAAGAGGCUGAUGCCUGCCAAGAGGAGCUGGCCAUGAAGGUGGAACAGCUGAAAGCCGAGCUGGUGGUCUUCAAGGGCCUCAUGAGUAAUAACCUGACAGAGCUGGACACCAAGAUCCAGGAAAAGGCCAUGAAGGUCGACAUGGACAUCUGUCGCCGAAUCGACAUCACGGCCAAGCUAUGUGACUUGGCUCAGCAGCGCAACUGUGAGGAUAUGAUCCAGAUGUUCCAGAAGAAGCUGUCUCUACACUUGUCUCCCAUCAAGGUCCCGUCCAUGGGGGGGCGGAAGCGGGAGCGCAAGGCCGCUGUGGAGGAGGACACCUCCCUGUCGGAGAGUGAUGGGCCCCCCCGCCAGCCCGAGGGGGACGAGGAGGAGAGCACAGCCCUCAGCAUCAACGAGGAGAUGCAGCGCAUGCUCAGCCAGCUGAGGGAGUAUGAUUUUGAGGACGACUGUGACAGCCUGACUUGGGAGGAGACUGAGGAGACCUUGCUGCUUUGGGAGGAUUUCUCAGGCUAUGCCAUGGCAGCCACAGAGGCCCAGGGAGAGCAGCAGCAGGAAGAUAGUCUGGAGAAGGUGAUUAAGGAUACUGAAUCCCUGUUCAAAACCCGGGAGAAGGAAUAUCAAGAGACCAUUGACCAGAUAGAGCUGGAGCUGGCCACAGCCAAAAAUGACAUGAACCGCCACCUGCAUGAGUACAUGGAGAUGUGCAGCAUGAAGCGGGGCCUGGAUGUUCAGAUGGAGACCUGCCGCCGGCUCAUCACACAGUCGGGGGACCGAAAGUCUCCUGCUUUCACUGCGGUCCCGAUUAGCGACCCGCCGCCACCGCCAAGCGAAACUGAGGACUCCGAUCGCGAUGUCUCAUCUGAUAGCUCCAUGAGAUAGGGGUCACUGCCUGACUCCCCAGAGCUCACUGAGGCAGGGGUGGGGUGUGCAGAGGACUGUUUUGUGCUGCUGCAUGAAGCCUGGCCCUGAGCUGUCUCCUCCCCAGGGUUCCCGGGGUGUCUGGAGCUAGGCUUGACCCCACCCUUCCUGGACAGCUCUCCUCAGUGGGGACACUGCUGCCUUCACUUGUGGCUGUCUACUUGUCCAUCUUUGAAAUGCUGCCAGACCACUUGUGAUCCUCCCUUCCCCAUUUUGUAAGGAAUGCGAUUCUGGGACCUGCCUGUUCUCCUGGGGCAUCUUGGACUUUGGUACUGGUGCUAACUGGCCCAGGCACUUUCGUGAAGCAGGUUCAUCUGGGAGUUGCUGAGGGCUCGUGCAUCCUGUACAUCUGGAGGAGGCUCUACUUUACCAGUAAGGCCUCAGAGGGAGGCAGGGCACCUGGCCUUGGGAAGUGCCUGAGCUGAGAGGGGGUCCAGGAGGCAGACUCUGCUCAGAGGCGAAGGUGAAGCCCGGCCUGGCCUGCGCACACACCUUCUCUCUAGGGAUCAGCUGAGGGAGGGUCUCACAAAACCCACAGAUCAAGACGUUCUUGACCUUGGAAAGCAGGGGACAGUCAGGAUGUCUCGGGAGAGGCCGUGGAAUCUUCAUCUAAUGAAGGAUAUUUAUUGAGCACUUCGUGUUGCUGUUUUAAGCACUUUGAUUUUUUGAGACAAGGUUUUUGCUAACAGCACAGGAUGCCCUUGAACUCAGAGAUUCUCCUGCCUCCGCCACUCCAGUGCUGGGAUUGUUGGGAUUAAAGGUGUGGGCCACCAUUGUCCCAGAGGCCUGAUGUUGAGAUCUUCAUUAAAGGAAACGAG